AUGCAUCCUUCCGGUCCUGGGGCUGGUUUGGCCACUCGGCCCAUCCCCGAGCCUGGCGCGAGGGACAGGCAGGCCCAGGGAGGGGGUCCCCGAGCGCCCCAGUCUGGGGGCGCCGGGCUCUGCUGUGGGACGGCAGCUCUCACAGCCGGUCGUGUGCCCCUGCCAGGGUACCUGCUCUUCCGCGACUUCGCCCUCAACCAGGCAGAGGAGGCCAAACCCCUCAUGGAGUUUUAUGAGGAGAUCAAGAAGUAUGAGAAGCUGGACUCCGAGGAGGAGCGAGCUGCCCGGAGCCGCCACAUCUUUGACCAUUACAUUAUGAAGGAGCUGCUGGCCUGCUCCCACCCCUUCUCCAAGAGUGCCACGGAGCAUGUCCAGAGCCGCCUGAGCAAGAAGCAGGUGCCCCCAGACCUCUUCCAGCCCUACAUUGAGGAGAUCUGCCAGAACCUGCGUGGGGGCAUCUUCCAGAAAUUCAUUGAGAGUGACAAGUUCACGCGGUUCUGCCAGUGGAAGAACGUGGAGCUGAACAUCCAUCUGACUAUGAAUGACUUCAGCGUUCACCGCAUCAUCGGCCGUGGUGGCUUCGGGGAGGUCUACGGCUGCCGGAAAGCAGAUACCGGCAAAAUGUACGCCAUGAAGUGUUUGGACAAGAAACGCAUCAAGAUGAAGCAGGGCGAGACCCUGGCCCUCAACGAGCGCAUCAUGUUGUCCCUCGUCAGCACCGGGGACUGCCCGUUCAUCGUGUGCAUGUCGUAUGCCUUCCACACGCCCGACAAGCUCAGCUUCAUCCUCGACCUCAUGAACGGGGGGGACCUGCACUAUCACCUGUCUCAGCACGGCGUCUUCUCGGAGGCGGAGAUGCGGUUCUAUGCAGCCGAGAUCAUCCUGGGCCUGGAGCACAUGCACAGCCGCUUUGUGGUGUAUCGUGAUCUCAAGCCAGCGAACAUCCUUCUGGAUGAGUUUGGGCACGUCCGUAUCUCAGACCUGGGCCUGGCCUGCGAUUUCUCCAAGAAGAAGCCCCAUGCCAGUGUGGGCACCCACGGGUACAUGGCUCCGGAGGUGCUGCAGAAAGGAGUGGCGUAUGACAGCAGCGCCGACUGGUUCUCGCUGGGCUGCAUGCUCUUCAAACUGCUCCGAGGGCACAGCCCCUUCCGGCAGCACAAGACGAAGGACAAGCAUGAGAUUGACCGUAUGACCCUCACCAUGGCCGUGGAGCUGCCUGACUCCUUCUCCCCCGAGCUACGCUCCUUGCUUGAAGGGCUGCUGCAGCGAGAUGUCAACCGGCGGCUGGGCUGCAUGGGACAUGGGGCUCAAGAGGUGAAGGAAGAGCUGUUCUUCAAGGGCCUGGACUGGCAGAUGGUUUUCCUUCAGAAGUACCCACCACCUCUGAUCCCGCCCCGAGGAGAGGUGAACGCGGCUGAUGCCUUCGACAUUGGCUCCUUCGAUGAGGAGGACACGAAGGGCAUCAAGCUGCUGGAGAGUGACCAGGAGCUGUACCGCAACUUCCCGCUCACCAUCUCGGAGCGGUGGCAGCAGGAGGUGACAGAGACUGUCUUCGAAGCCGUCAACGCUGACACCGACAAGCUGGAGGCUCGCAAGAAAGCCAAGAACAAGCAGCUGGGUCAUGAGGAAGGCGUGGGUGUGGAGGAACACGGGUGUUGGGCACACAGGGCAAAGGGGACGUGA